CAACUAAUAACAGCAGCACUACAAUGGUUUAUUUUAGUUGAGUGCUGACUAUGUGCUAAUUUACUUGUCAUAGAAAAUCUUGAAGUACACUUGCUCUUCCGCCUACAUUACUAAGUACAGAACAAGGCUUAGAGAAUCUUUAAAAAGUAGAAAUAAAUAAGAUUUAAACAUACUAACAGGCCCUUUGAAAAACAUGGGCCACGGAAUUUCUGACUUGGCAAAGAUUGGCAUUAUGGCAGGAACAGAAAGUGAUAGCCAAUUCCAGUUCAUUGGGGCGAAGAAAUGUUUCAACUCUUACACUUUCACAGGUAGAAUGACUUGUGUUGUGGCUACAUAUGGAGGCAUUGCUUUGCUGGUCACAUACUUAAUGAUGAAUAAGACUCCAGUGGUGAAAGCAACAUAAAUGGAUUCUAAAAUGUCUGAUCUCAUUUGCUGAAUUCCUAAGCCUGGA